CAUCCCUUCAACCAACCCCCACACACUACGUCUCUUUCUUCCUUCCUUCCCUCUAUCCUUAUCUUGAAAAAGCUCAUCACGGCGUACCAGGUAGAAAGACAACGAAUAACGACAAAUACAUCUCACCACUCGUAGAAAGUAUCAAACUCAUCAACAAAGCUUUCAAAACAACUUUAACCCAAAAUGGCCCCAUCUGCAUCGAAACAAAAACGUCUCGCGGAAAAAGCUGCAAAAGCAGCUGACAAGAAGACAGGAUCAACUUUAUCUUCUACCGUACCUUCUGUCGCUGGAGGAUCAACACCAUUGACUUCUUUGAGCGCUAAUGCGAGUACGGAUGAUUUGGUCGAUGCGCAGGAACAGAUGAGAAAGUUGAAUUUGGCUACUGAUAGGAGUGCGAACGGUGUUCUCGUUUCCGACCCAAAAGGAAGAGAUGUCAAGAUUGACCAAUACACCCUCAGUUUCCACGGUAGGUUGUUGAUUGAAGGAGCGGAGAUUUCUCUCAAUUAUGGACAACGGUAUGGUCUAUUGGGUGAGAAUGGGUCUGGAAAGUCGACUUUCUUGCAAUCUUUGGCAGAUAGGGAUGUAGAGAUUCCCGAUCAUAUCGAUAUUUACCUCGUCAGAGGAGCCGUCGACCCUGGUGAAACAAACGCUCUAGACUACAUAGUCGCCUCAGCCAAAGAAAAAGUCGCUCGUCUAGAGAAAAUAGCAGAAGAUAUGUCAACGGCUGACGAAGUCGAUGAAUUAGCUCUAGAAGCGAUAUACGAAGAAUUGGAAGAGAUGGAUCCUUCGACUUUUGAAGCUAAAGCGGGUGCUAUUUUAUCAGGAUUAGGUUUCACACAAACAAUGAUGGCAAAACCUACAAAAGAUAUGAGUGGUGGUUGGCGUAUGCGUGUAGCACUUGCCAGAGCUUUAUUUGUUAAACCUCAUUUAUUGUUGUUGGAUGAACCUACUAGUCAUUUGGAUUUAGGUGCUGUUGUUUGGUUGGAAGCUUAUUUAGCUACUUAUAAUCAUAUUUUGGAAGAGAUUGCGCAUAUCAAGAAAUUCAUCGCUUCCGCCGGUACAUAUGCCAAUUUGGUCAAACAAGCCAAAUCUAAACAAAAGAUCAUCGACAAGAUGGAAGCUGCCGGGUUAGUUGAGAAAGUCGAACAAGCCAGAUUGUUGAGAUUCAACUUUGAAGACGUCAGGAAACUUCCUCCUCCCAUCAUCGCGUUUUCAGAUGUAGCAUUUUCGUAUUCUGGUAAGAAGGAAGAUUAUUUGUACAAGGAUUUGAGUUUUGGUAUUGAUAUGGAUUCGAGAAUCGCCAUCGUAGGAGAUAACGGAACCGGUAAAUCAACACUUUUAAACCUCAUAACGGGAAAUCUGUCCCCCACAGAAGGUACAAUAUCCCGACACACUCAAUUGAAAUUAGCGAAAUAUUCUCAACAUUCAGCAGAUCAAUUACCAUAUGAUAAAUCCCCAGUUGAUCAUAUCGCCUCUUUAUAUUCUCAGAAAUUCCCAGAGAAGGAUAUUCAAUUUUGGAGACAACAAAUUGGAAGGUUUGGUAUUACUGGUGCACAUCAGACGAAUCCUAUUAAUCAACUGUCUGAUGGAUUGAGGAAUCGAGUAGUGUUCGCUCUUUUGGCUAUGGAACAUCCUCAUAUCAUUCUGUUUGAUGAACCUACCAAUCAUUUGGAUAUGGCAUCGAUCGAUUCCCUCGCAGCGGCUAUAAAAGAAUUCGAAGGAGGAGUAGUCAUCGUCUCUCACGAUUUCCGAUUGAUCUCUCAAGUGGCAGAAGAUUUAUGGGAAGUGAAAGAUAAAAAAGUGAUAAACCUUACUAAACAAGAUAUUACCAUUGUGGAUUAUAAAAAGGCUUUGGCUAAACGAAGUCAAGCUCAGAUCGAAAAAGCUAGACUCAUCUCAAAGACAGCUACCAAAGGUGUGGUGUAG